UUCUACCUCGCCCUGGUGGCGGCGGCCGCCUUCUCCGGCUGGUGUGUCCACCACGUCCUGGAGGAGGUCCAGCAGAUCCGGCGCAGCCACCAGGACUUCUCCCGGCAGAGGGAGGAGCUGGGUCAGGGCUUGCAGGGAGUCGAGCAGAAGGUGCAGUCUCUGCAAGCCACUUUUGGGACUUUUGAGUCCAUAGUGAGAAGCUCCCAACAUAAACAAGAUCUCACAGAGAAAGCCGUGAAGCAAGGGGAGAGUGAGAUCAACCGCAUCAGUGAAGUUCUACAAAAACUCCAGAAUGAGAUCCUGAAAGACCUCUCUGAUGGGAUCCACGUGGUAAAGGACGCCCGGGAGCGGGACUUCACAUCCCUGGAGAACACAGUGGAGGAGAGGCUGACCGAGCUCACCAAGUCCAUUAACGACAACAUCGCCAUCUUUACCGAGGUCCAGAAGAGGAGCCAGAAGGAAAUAAACGACGUCAAGACCAAGGUGGCCUCUCUGGAGGACUCAAAGGGGUACAAGCAGGAUUUGAGAGCCCUGAAGGAGGUUGUGGAGGAAAUACAAACCUCGGUGAAGUCCAGAGAGAAGGACAUUGAGGCCCUGAGAAGCACCGUGCAGACCAUGGAGUCUGAUGUCUACACGGAGGUCAAAGAGCUGGUGAGCCUCAAACAGGAGCAGCAGAGGUUCAAGGAGGCGGCCGAUUCGGAGCAUCUCACCUUGCAGGCGCUCACGGAGAAGAUCCUGCAGGCGGAGGAGACGGCCUCCCGCCUUCCCGAGGAGAUCCGGAGACUCGAGGAGGAACUCCGCCAGCUGAAGGCCGCAGCCCUCGGGCCGGAAGAAGACGGGGCCUUUAGAGCCUCUGAGGCCUUCGAGACGCUCCAGAAGGAGAGCCAGGGCUUGGACUCGCGGCUGCAGAGCGUGGAAGACGGCGUGCAGGCGGCACGCGCGGCCUGGGAGCGCCAGGGUGAGGGCCUGGAGGCUCUGCGCGCCCAGGGCGCGCUGCUCGGCCGCGACGCCGCCGCCGCGCCCCCGCAGGACCUGCUGGACAGACUCUCCUCUCUAGACAACCUCAGAGCCUCCGUGGGCCAGGUGGAGUCGGACUUGAAAAUGCUCAGGACUGCCGUGGACAGUUUGGUCGCAUACUCAGUGAAGAUCGAGACCAAUGAGAACAACUUGGAGUCGGCCAAGGGUUUGCUAGAGGACCUGAGGAAUGACUUGGAUAGGUUGUUCGUGAAAGUGGAAAAGAUUCACGAGAAGGUCUAAAUGGAUUGUGUGUGCAGGGCGCGGACGGCCCCGCCAGUUUCUCUUGACCAAAAACGUGUUGUCCGACCCCGCGCCUCUCCCCCCGCGGUGCGGCCCCUCCCGAGGAGCCGGCCCUGCUCCACCACCCGGACCACCAGGGCCAUUUGUGUUUCAAUGCCCGGUUAAUUUAUUUACAGUUGUUACCACACGCCGUGGGUUGCUCAAGUUCUCUGCUUCUGCUUUGGGUGGGUUUCCUGGAGACCUGGCCCCUGUGAAUCAGAGAUGCCUUCUAGAAGGGAUCUCUGUCUGGUGUCAGGGAAGAACUAUAGUGGCUGCAAGCGAGGAUUAGCAGAAGCAGAUUAACCUCAAAAACCCCUGGCUGGCUGGCAGAUUUCAAGUUAAAAAAAAGUGGUGGGGAGGAGGCACUUUUCUUUCUAAUUGUCUUUAAGGAAAAUUCAUUUUACUUUUUUUUUUUUUUACUACUUCUGGCUGAAGUUUUCAUGAGAUGUCACUCACUUCUUGUCUUCCACUUUAAACUGGUUACACCUCAUAAAUGUCAGCUCUGAAUCGGGAGGGGGACAGGCCCCUCCGUUUUUAGUUGAAAAGAAUCAGCUGCUUGAGGGUCACCUGUGGUGUGGGUGUCUUUUCCAUUCCUGAAUCCUCUCGUGAUCUCAAAGGUAACUAUGCAAAGAAUCCAGGCGGUUCUGAAUGUGAAGGCCCAACACCCCACAGUUCCCUGUGGCUGCCCUGUGUCACCUCUCGGUAAGGACCCCAAAUAAUGCAUUUAGAAUAAGGGUUUAGACUCCCUGAAAGGGGAGUCCUUGGAUUCUUUCAGGAAAUGUAUUACGAGAGCUGCUCAUAAAGGCUUGGGCCACCUCCCUGGGGAAUGGAGGCUGCGUCUUUAUGUUGCCAUGAUGUCCAUGAUGGGGUUUGCUGUCACAGCAGGCCCCAUCUGUCAGUGAGGAACGUGUGCAUUUUCUGUAGCUGUUUGCUGUUUCCCUUUCCCUUUGAGCUGUACUGUUCUUUAAUGGCUGUCUUGCCCUUUAAAAAAAGAAAAAAAAGAGAAAAAGUAAAAAAUGAAAAGAAAAAGGAAAAAAAAGGUUUGUUUAGUUUACUGUGAAAUGAACUGUAUGGCUUAUUUACAGUAUUUUUAAUUCUUAAUAAACACUUGAGCUUUGUUAUGA